AUGACGGACAGGAUGGCUAGUAGAGAAACAUCAAUUAAUUCAAAAAACUCGGAUGACCACAGCGUCGAGACAUUAGCAGAAGUCUUCCGAUGUUUUAUUUGUAUGGAAAAACUAAGAGAUGCACAUCUUUGUCCCCAUUGCAGUAAAUUAUGUUGCUAUACAUGUAUCAGGAGGUGGCUCACAGAACAACGUUCUCAAUGUCCUCAUUGUAGAGCUUCCUUACAUUUACAUGAAUUAGUAAAUUGUAGGUGGGUUGAGGAAGUGACACAACAGCUUGAUACCCUUCAAGCUGUUGGUAUUUCAAACUCUAGGCAUGAAGAUUCUAGCAGAGAUAGGUGUACUGUGCACCAUGAAAAACUGUCUGUUUAUUGCUGGUCUUGUCGCAGAUGUAUAUGCCAUCAGUGUGCCCUUUGGGGUGGCACCCAUUCAGGGCACACUUUCAAACCAUUAGGAGAAGUUUAUGAACAGCAUGUUACACAGAUAAAAGCAGAAGUAGGUCAGUUAAAAAGAAGAUUGAUGGAAUUAAUAAGCCUUGUGCAAGAAGUGGAACGAAAUGUUGAAUCUGUAAGGGCUGCAAAAGAUGAAAGAGUUAGAGAAAUUAGAAAUGCAGUGGAGCUGAUGAUAGCACGUUUAGAUUCUCAAUUGAAAGCUAAAUUGUUAACAUUAAUGGGCCAAAAGAACUCUUUGACAUUAGAAACAGAACAAUUGGAAGCUUUGCUGCAAGAAGUAGAACAUCAAUUGCACUCUUGUACACCUUCUGAACUCAUAAUCAAAAGUGCGGAUCUUUCACGGAUGAUACAUCAAGUACGAAAGAAGCCAAUGGCCAGUUUUGUUACUGCUCCUGUUCCAGCUGAUUUUCACAGUGAAAUUGUUCCUGGAUACGAUAGCGCUACAUUUGCAAUGCAAAAUUUUACGCAAUUGCAACUCAAAGCAGAUCCGGUAUACUCUGCGCCUUUACACGUUAAUGGCUUGUGCUGGAGAUUAAAAGUAUAUCCUGACGGGAAUGGUGUAGUACGCGGAAAUUAUUUGUCUGUUUUUCUAGAAUUAAGCGCUGGUUUGCCAGAAACAUCGAAAUACGAGUAUCGAGUUGAAAUGAUUCACCAAGGAUCUCGCGAUACAAGUAAGAACAUUGUUCGUGAAUUCGCUUCCGAUUUCGAAAUCGGUGAAUGCUGGGGUUAUAACAGAUUUUUUAGAUUAGAUUUACUCGCAACCGAAGGAUACUUAAAUACUGAAUUGGAUACCCUUAUAUUGAGAUUUCAAGUGCGACCACCAACAUUCUAUCAGCGUUGCAGAGACCAACAGUGGUAUAUCAGUCAAUUACUUACAGUUCAAAAUCAAUAUGCCACUCAAAUUAAUGAAUUGAAGGAGAGAUUGGCAAUUGAAAUAUCGCGGAACGCUAUGGCAGCAACCAGAGUACCUAGUGGAGCAACGCUAUGCGGAUCAACAUCAAAUGUGAUGCCUAUAGUAAUACAGCAACAGUCACAAGCUACUGCAGAUCCAUUACUUAAAUCCAAUUCUACUCGUUCAGUUGAAACAUAUCAAAAUGGUACAUCUACAAGUAGAUCAAUGCAGAAUGUACUCCCUGGCGGAAGUAACAGUGGUGUUUUAUCAGGAGAUCAAUUAAUGCCUAUGUGCGAAUUAGGAGAACUUGCAAAUAUGCGUCCUCUUGGUUCCUCCUCGACAUUAUCCUCUAUUUCGUCGAAAACAAGUUUAAAACAGCAUAAAGUGAACAAUUUGAGUGUCGUUGAGGCUGAAUCACCCAAUCUACACAAUACAAAUGAUGGUUCUUCGGGAGAUUGUCCAGCUCAUUCUCCAUCUCCUUCUUAUUCUUCGCCGACUGUGCUUAAUCAGCAAUCACUCAAUCUCCUGUCUAGUAGCAGCAGUAGUGAUAGUGGAGAAUUAAGUGAACAUGAUAUAUAUUUAGAUGAAUGCGAACAUAACGCACCGCAUUUAACUCUCCUGGAUGAUAAUUCUAAUGAUGAAAAUGACGUAGACGAUGAAACUAUGUCAGGAGAAAACGACGUAGAAGUUGCAGAAUCAUUAACACCCUGGAUUCAGAAUAAGCAACGGACAAAGCAACAAGGUAAUAGAGACAGUGCAGGAGACACUUGCAGAUUACGAGGCAAUGACAGUUUGGAGGAUGAAAUUAUGCUGUUGCAUUUAUUCGAAAUGCAAGAUCGAAAUUCUGCUUGGACCUCACUAUGUUUCAAUCAACAAGUGGACGACACCUGUGAUUCAAGAACGUCAUUAACCAGUUUACAACAUCAUAAUUCCAGUCAUUUACAUUGUAACACUACACUGCCAAAUCACGGUUCAUCUGCAUUUUCGCACAAACAUCAUGAGCUUGACUCAACAUGCAAUGAACAAUUUGCUGACAAACGUUCUACCUGCUCCUCACAUCUUUGCCAACCUCAGAUGAUGUGCAGCGGUAGACCAAAACUAAGUCAAUUAUCCAACAUGUGUCAGCAAGAAGUUUCUGGAUUAAUUGCUUGUGGAAGUCAGACUAGUUCUGAACCCGCGACCCGCUCAAAUUCGAUAGACUGUGAAAAAGAUCUUCCAAAGAUAUCUGUGGUUAAUAAAAUUAAUCAUGAGGUGGAGACAUCCAGAUCAGAUUUGAUAGUGCCAAAUGUAGUAUUGGACAGCAACAAAAUUGUGUCGAAGUAUUUAUUAUCGCGACGACAAUCUUCACCAUCAUCAUCUACCAACGUUAGCAUUAUAAAUAACGAAAAUAAUAAAAUAUUUGACUUCGAACAAUUGCUGGAGACCUUUCAAUUGUCUCCGAUAUCUCAAAAAGACACUGCCAGUUGUUUCAAUAAAUUAAGAAAAAAUAUACCAUCGGAGGGAAAAUCUAAUGGUUGUACCACUGCCAGCCACAAAUCUCCUGUACUUUCGUUAGGACACGAUGCACCAUCAUCGUCAACGAGCAGUGCAACGACAGAUGCUAUACCGAGUUCUAACAAUUACAGUUGGGCUCCAGCGUUAUACCAACAUAAACACGGUCAAAAGAAUGUUUUAGAGGCUACAAUGCAAGCAUCUUCUAACGAUAGUUCUAGCAAAUGCACCGCGGAAAAGUCGUUAGAAGAAACUAAUUCUUGA